GUAGCCGGACCUGUUAGGCGGUGGAGCCGAUUCUUUGACAUUGCUGGAGAGGAGGAGGAGAGCUAGUUAGCUAUAGAAGCUGUGAGGAGCCGCAGUAAAACUCCCUGAUUCCGGCUGGAGGAGCUGCAAUAAUCCGUUAUUGUGACUUGUGGCGGAACCAUGUAUCGGCGCCCGUUGCAGUCCGCCUUCAGAGCCGCGAUAAGCGCCUGUCCGGGCGGCCGGAGCGCGCUGGGGAAGGUUACAGAGCAGGAAGCUUGUCUCACCAAGGCUUUGGUGGCCUGUCAUGUUACAGGAGCAGAAACUCCUGCUCGGACGCAAAGUCGAGCUCUUCAUAGCACAAGACAGCUAUGUACUGUAAAGCAGACCCCCCAGGCUUCAGAGGAAGAGGUGGGCGCUUUCACCAAACUCAUCGAGGCCAUGGGCUUCACUGGGCCCCUCAAAUACAACAAAUGGAAAAUUAAGAUAGCAGCUUUGCGUAUGUACACUUGCUGUGUGGAGAGAAUCAACUACGAUGAAUUUUUUGAAAAGUGCUCCCUCCCCGACACACUCAACUCCUGGUUUUUGGUGGCACAGCUCCAUGUCUGGAUGUGUUUGGUGCGGAUGCGUCAGGAGGGCAGAGAAGGGAAGUACAUGUGCCGUUACAUCGUCCAUUCCAUGUGGGAGGAUGUGGAGCAGAGGAGCAAGAUCAUGGGGAUUGACGCCAUUCACAGGAAGGAGAGUAUGAGGGCUAUGACAGAGACAUUCUACGCUGCUAUUUUCGGAUAUGAUGAGGGAAUCCUGUCAGACGACUGUGUUCUUGCAGCAGCACUUUGGAGGAAUCUCUUCAACAGGCAGUGUGAAGACCCCCGACAGCUGGAGCUCAUGGUAGAAUAUGUCCGUAAACAGAUGCAGUUUGUUGACGCUCUGGAUGGCGAGGACCUUCUCCUGACUGGAGAGGUUAAAUGGCGCCCCCUGGUGGAGGAGAAUGCACAGAGCAUUCUGAAGGUGGCCACCCCGACCUACAACGACGCAGGCCUUUAAACCCUGCCUCAUCAGGCUACAAUACCCACAAUACCACGGUCCAGAUACUGGAUGACCAGCCAGUCAGGGGACACUAGUGAUCCCUGUCUCACUCUCACUCAGUCACUCUCUCUCUUUCCUCUACCUCCUCUGUCUUUCUCGGCCCCUUCCUAACAAGCCAACCUACUGUGAUAGGAGUGCACACGCGUUCACACAGGCCAUUGACCUGGCGGGUUAGAGAGCGUAGAGUAUAGAGACGCGAUGGUUUGUACUCGGUUUUUCUAUAACUACCCUGGAUUUCUGUAUUUAUAUACGUACGUUCCUCUGAAGUGCUGCCGUUAUAUUUAUAUGCAUCUUCCUCUGGCCCACUCUGACCGCUGACCGCUCUGCGUCUCUGCACUCUGUGUGUUGGGGAAAGUGUGUGUUUGUGUGUGUGCUUGCAUGUGAGCGUUUGUGUGUGUGCUAGGAUCUUCACGCUGUGUGGAAUUAUGGAGGAGCUUUAUUUUAAUAAUUAUAAAUAAAGAUGUUUCUCUGAA